AUGUGUCGAAUUCUUAAGAAGCUCAGACACUUUAACAUCUCAGUUGUCAUUUGUGUACAGACAGCCAAGAGUUUAAGUAAGGAUGUAAAGAGAAUACUUACUGACAUUGUACUUUUCCCCGGAUUGUCCGAAGACGAUUUCAUGGAACUUAUGAAAGAGUCCAUGGCAGGUAAGUUUGACAGACAUGAACUAUGGGAGAAGUACAAAGUCAUACAAGACCCUCAUACUUCUUUCAGAAUUCAUAUCUACGCAAACAAAGUUCAAAUUGUAAAAAGUCAAGCUUGA